CGGAAGCGAUGUUAAAUCAGAAGGGAACAAUGCGAAGUUUUCUAUAUUAAAGGCUCUUUUUAAGUUAUUCAAAAGGCGGACUACCUGCAUGAAAGUCCCGUCAGAUAUUAACAAUGUUGAAGUUUAAAUACAUGAGCCAGGGAAAUCAGAAAAGUAUGCGGACCUCUUCUGAGCCGAUCACUAUCCGCAGCUCGAGACUCAACCAGCUGUUUCAGGGUCGAAUCAGCUUGAGUGGACAGGAGGGAAGAUGCUUCUUAAAUCGGGAAGAGUUUAUAGAUUCUCUGCUGUUAUUGUACCAAGAAUGCAAGUCCCCUGAGCUCAUGAAGAUAAACCAUGUGGCCAAUUUUGUCAGCAAGUUUUCUGAGGUACUCUCUGAGCUCCAGGCCUUGCUGCCCAGCCUUCAUGACUUUGAGGUGCGUGCUGUGGUGGGCCACGGUCGCUUUGGCAAGGUACAAGUGGUACGGGAGAAGGCAACAGGGGAUUUUUGUGCCCUGAAAGUAAUGGAAAAGAAUGUUUUACGCACUCAAGAAAAUAUGGUUUUUCAUGAAGAGGAGCGAAAAAUUCUGUCUUUGAAUUGCAGUCCCUGGAUCCCACAGCUCUUUUGUGCUUUCCAGGAUGAGGAUAACGUCUAUCUGGCAAUGGAAUACUUGCCAGGUGGCGACCUUCUGUCUCUACUCAACCGAUAUGAGGAACAUUUUGACGAGUCCAUGGCUCAGUUCUAUUUGGCUGAGCUAGUAGAGGCCAUUCAUGCUGUCCACCAGCUGGGCUAUGUCCACAGAGAUGUCAAGCCUGAGAACAUUCUCAUUGAUCGGACUGGGCACAUUAAGUUGGCUGACUUUGGAUCUGCUGCCAGGCUCACAGCUAACAAAACUGUGGCUGCUCCCGCAGUGCCUGUGGGAACCCAAGACUUUCUCUCCCCCGAAGUCUUGGCAGCCAUGAACGGGGGCCCUCAAAGCACCUACGGUAUCGAGUGUGACUGGUGGUCCCUUGGGGUCACAGCAUAUGACAUGAUCUAUUCCAGGUUGCCUUUUUCUGAUGGCACUCCAACAAGGACCAUCCACAACAUUCUUAACUUCCAGACUUUUCUGAAGAUUCCAGAGGAACCGCGAGCCAGUAAACAGUUUGUUGACCUUGUGCUUAAUUUGCUGUGUGGAACUAAGGAACGUCUAGGAUUCCAGGAACUCAGAUGCCACUCGUUUUUUUCCAGUGUAGACUGGAACAACUUACGCCAGGUUCUUCCACCUUUUGUUCCUGCAUUGCAUGCAGAAGAUGACACCUCUAAUUUUGAGGAGCCGGAUCAGGCAGCCCCUCGGCCAGCCUCGGCAUCCAAGCGAGGAGCUCCCCCUGUGGGCUUCCAGGGCAAGGAUCUCCCCUUUCUAGGAUGGUUUUUCAGCAGAGCGCUGACAACAUUGGCCAAAUCUGAGGCAGCUUCUGCAGGCCUCAACUCUCCUGCUAAGACCAACUCCAUGGAAAAGAAGCUCUACCUUAAAAGCAAGGAAUUACAAGACACCCAAGACAAAUGUCACAAGAUGGAGCAGGAGAUCUCCAGGUUCCAACGCAAAAUGAAUGAUCUAGAGUCAGUUCUUCACCAGAAAGACGUAGAGCUGAAGGCCUCCGAGACUCAAAGGAGCAUCCUUGAGCAAGACCUCGCCACCUACAUUACAGAGUGCAGCAGCCUUAAGCGGAGCCUCGAGGAGGCGCGUGUGGAAGUCUCCAGAGAAGAUGACAAGGCUAUGCAGCUGCUGCACGACAUCCGUGAACAGAGCAACAAGCUGCAGGAAAUUAAAGAGCAAGAGUACCAUGCCCAGCUGGAAGAGAUGCAAGUGACCAUCAGGCAGCUCGAGGAGGACUUGUCAGCCGCCCGCCGCCGCAGUGACCUCUAUGAAUCUGAACUUAGAGACUCAAGACAAACCAGUGAGGAACUCAAACGAAAGGCUGUGGAAUACCAGCAGAGAAUUCAAAAGGCCAAAGAGCAGGGAAAAGCAGAUGUUGAAGAGCUUCUCUCCAAACUGGAAAAGACAAAUGCUGAGCAACAGGUCAAAAUCCAAGAGCUCCAGGACAAACUGUCAAAGGCAGUGAAAGCCAGCACAGAAGCUACUGAACUGCUGCAAAAUGUCAGACAGGCCAAAGAAAGACUGGAAAGAGACCUGGAACGCUUGCGAGGCAAAAGUGACUCCAGUGACACACUCAAACGACGCCUGAGAGAGACAGAGCAGGAGGGCAGGAAGACCCUGGAGAACCAGGUUAAGAGGCUGGAGAUGGUUGAACGCAGGGAGAAUAAGCUGAAAGAUGACAUUCAGACCAAAUCCCAGCAGAUCCAGCAGAUGGCUGAAAAGAUCCUGGAACUAGAGGACCACUUGAGGGAUGCCCAGUCUACAGCUCAGAGGAUGGAAACUCAGCUUGUUCAAAAGGAGAGACUUUAUGAAGAUAAAAUUAAGGUUCUGGAAGCCCAAAUGAAGGUGGACCUGGCCGACAAAGAAAGCCUCGAGGCCAGAAGAGCACAGCAGGAGGAGGAGUCAAGAGAGAACUCCAAACUCAUCAGCGAGCAGAAAGCAACCAUUAACGCCAUGGAUUCAAAGAUGAAGAAUUUGGAGCAGCGCAUUGCCGAGCUGUCAGAGGCUAACAAGCUGGCUGCUAACAGCAGCAUUUACACCCAGAAAAAUAUGAAAGCCCAAGAGGAAAUGAUCUCAGAGCUACGACAGCAAAAGUUCUACUUGGAGUCCCAAGCUGGCAAGCUCGAGGCUCAAAAUGCCAAAUUGGAGGAACAUCUAGAAAAAAUCAGUCAGCAGGAGCAGACCAAGAGGACCCGUCUUUUGGAGUUGGAGAGUAGGCUGCGGGAGAUGGGUUUGGAGCAUGAAGAGGAAAAGCUGGAGAUCAAGAGACAGGUGUCAGAGUUGACCCUCUCUCUGCAGGAGCGCGAGUCCCAGAUAAGCAGCCUGCAGGCAGCUCGACUUGCCUUAGAGAGUCAGCUGCAGCAAGCCAAGACAGAGUUGGAGGAGACAACUGCAGAGGCUGAGGAGGAAAUUACCGCCUUGAGGAAUCACAGAGAUGAAAUCCAACAGAAGUUUGAUGCCCUUAGAGACAGCUGUUCUGUAAUCACAGACUUGGAGGAGCAGCUUACCCAGUUAAGUCAAGAGAAUGCAGAGUUAAACCGCCAGAAUUUCUACCUGUCCAAGCAGUUGGAUGAAGCCUCAGAUGAGAGGGAGGACCAACUACAGCUGAGCCAGGAGGUGGACCGUCUGAGGAGAGAAGUGGCAGACCGUGAAAUGCAUCUCAACAAUCAAAAACAAAACAUUGAGACACUGAAGACCACAUGCAGCAUGCUGGAAGAGCAGGUGGUGGAGUUAGAGUCCCUGAAUGAUGAGCUGCUGGAGAAAGAGAGGCAGUGGGAGGCUUGGAGAGGGGCUUUGGAGGAUGAAAAGAGCCAAGCCGAGAGACGAGCCAGGGAACUUCAGCGACUGCUGGAUAAUGAAAAGCAAAACAGGCUGCGGGCAGACCAGCGAAGCACAGAAUCGCGCCAAGCAGUGGAACUAGCAGUCAAAGAGCAUAAGGCUGAGAUAUUGGCCCUGCAGCAGGCCUUGAAGGAGCAAAGACUCAAAGCUGAAAGUCUGUCUGAUACCCUCAAUGAUCUGGAGAAGAAACAUGCCAUGCUAGAGAUGAACGCUCGCAGCUUGCAGCAGAAAUUGGAGACUGAAAGGGAGUUGAAACAGAGGCUGAUGGAAGAGCAAGGGAAGCUGCAACAGCAGAUGGAUCUGCAAAAGAGCCAUAUUUUCCGUCUUACACAGGGCCUACAGGAUGCACUGGACCAGACUGAUAUGCUCAAAACUGAGAGGACCGAUUUGGAGUACCAGCUGGAAAAUAUACAGGCUGUAUAUUCUCAUGAGAAGGUAAAGAUGGAAGGUACCAUCUCCCAGCAGACCAAACUCAUUGAUUUCCUACAGGCCAAAAUGGACCAACCCACAAAGAAAAAGAAGCAGGGUAUUUUUGGGCGACGGCGUGAAGAUGUUGGCACUACAACCAAUGGGGCAUUGACUCCUCAAUCCCAACCCGCAGUUCCCUUGCAGUACAGUGACAUGAAGCUCGCUUUGGAAAAGGAGCGCUCCAGAUGUGGAGAGUUGGAAGAAGCUCUUCAAAAGAUGAGAAUAGAGCUACGAUCGCUAAGGGAAGAGGCCGCUCAUUUCAAAGCACAGGAUCACCUGACUACCUCCACUCCAGCCCAGGCUCGCCAUCAAAUCCUCAUGUCAGCCAUUGUGAAGUCCCCAGAGCAUCAACCCAACCCUUGUGGGCUGCUUAACCCCUCAACCCGAUCCAAGGAGACUUCCACACCUGAAGAAAAGAGGAGGGUCACCUUUGAAAAGUUUGGUCGUCGUGUGAAAGAAAGAAUGCACCAUAACAUUCCCCAUCGCUUCACCGUGGGUCUUAACAUGAGGGCUGCCAAAUGUGCCGUCUGUCUGGACACAGUGCAUUUUGGACGCCAGGCUGCCACUUGUCUAGAGUGCCACACCCUCUGUCAUCCCAAAUGCUCACCAUGCCUUCCAGCUACUUGUGGCCUGCCAGCUCAGUAUGCCACCCACUUUUCUGAGGCUUUAUGCCGAGAGAAAGCAGGCUCCCCUGGACUACAGGUGAAGGAGGCCAGUGGGCACGUUCGCUUGGAGGGAUGGAUGAAGCAGCCAAGAAAUGGCAAGCGCGGUCAGCAGGGCUGGGAGACAAAGUAUGUGGUUCUUGAUGGAACCAAAUUAUCAAUCUAUGAUUCAGAGCCCAGAGAAGACUGUGUAAAUGCAGAAGAGGAGUUUGAGCUCUGUCUACCUGAUGGAGAGGUGACUGUUCAUGGAGCUGUUGGAGCAUCUGAGCUCAUCAACACUGCAAAGUCAGACAUCCCUUACAUUCUGAAGCUGGAGUCGCAUCCCCAUACUACUUGUUGGCCAGGCCAGUCCCUUUACUUCAUGGCUCCCAGUUUCCCAGACAAACAGCGCUGGGUGGCUGUACUGGAGUCUGUGGUGGUUGGUAGCCGUGGAUCUAAGGACAAAGGGGAUUCAGAUGCUGCAGGUGUUUCUAAAAGACAGAAGAACCUAUCACCCCUGGUUCAGAAACUUCUGGGCAACUCUUUGCUGAAGCUGGAAGGUGACGACCGCUUGGAUAUCAACUGCACUCUGCCUCUCACUGACCAGAUCGUGCUGGUCGGCUCAGAGGAGGGCUUGUAUGCACUGAACGUCAUAAAGAACUCCUUAACCCACAUUCCAGGCCUGACUUCCGUGUUCCAGAUUCAGGUCCUAAGGGAGCUUGAUAAGCUGUUGAUGAUCACUGGAGAGGAUCGGGCUCUGUGUUUAGUGGAGAUCAAGAAGGUGAAACAGUCUUUGUCGCAGUCCCAUCUCCCAGCUCCACCUGACCUGAACCCUUUCAUCUUCGAGACAGUGAAGGGUUGCCACCUCUUCUCCUCUGGAAAGAUUGACAAUGGGAUCUGUAUAUGUGCUGCUAUGCCCAAUAAGAUUACAAUCCUGCGACUCAAUGAAAGUCUCAAUAAGUUCUGUAUCAGAAAGGAAAUUGAGACCUCAGAGCCCUGCAGCUGCAUCCACUUCACUGGCUAUAGCAUUAUCAUUGGCACAAACAAAUUCUAUGAAAUUGAAAUGAAGCAAUAUGUGCUCGAAGAGUUCUUGGAUAAAAAUGACGUCACGCUAGCGUCAGCUGUGUUCUCUGCAUCCUCCCACAGUUUCCCCAUCUCCAUCAUUCAGGUCACCACAGCUCCUCAGAAGGAGGAAUACCUGCUCUGUUUCCAUGAGUUUGGCGUGUUUGUGGAUGCUUACGGUCGCAGGAGUAGAACUGAUGAUAUCAAAUGGAGCCGCCUGCCUCUAUCAUUUGCCUAUAGAGAGCCAUAUUUGUUUGUGACCUACUUCAACUCUCUGGAUGUGAUUGAGAUUCAAGGACAUUCUGCAUUAGGGUCCCACUCAUACGCCCAUCUGGAUAUCCCAAACCCACGCUACCUUGGUCCAGCCAUCUCCUCGGGUGCCAUUUACUUGGCUUCAUCAUAUCAGAACAAAUUGCGGGUAAUUUGCUGUAAGGGCAACCUGAUUCAGAACCAGGAUGGUGGAGGAGACUUGCAACAUUGUGGCUCAGGACGCAGUCCGAACAAACGUGGACCUCCUUCCUACAACGAGCACAUCUCCAAAAGGCUGGCAGCUAAUCCUCUUGUCCAUGGGGAGAGCGGAACACCUCACCACUACCGAGAAGCCCGCACCGAGUUUCGGCGUGACAAAUCCCCCAGCCGUCCUUUGGAGAGAGAGAAGUCUCCUGGCAGGAUGCUGGAGAACCGGAUAGUUGCGUCUCCCGGCAGAGCCAUGGCCGAUCCUCGGUUAGACCGCUCCCCUGCCAGGGCCAUGGCGGAUCCCCGAAUGGAUCGUUCCCCAGGACGCGUCAUGGAUGUUCGCAGGGAGAGGUCUCCAGGUCGUUUCGAGGAACGGCAGAGGCUUCAUACUGGCUCUGGGCGCACACCUAUAAACCCUGUUGCAAAGGUAUGGGACCAGUCGUCUGUUUAAGAGCUCUUCUAGCACCGACGGCGAGGUCCAUCUUCCUGAAAACCUGUAGCGGGAGCAAAAAACCAGAAGGAAUGUCACCAAGUCACAAAAACACUGCCACAUCUUUGUUUUGAUUGGCAUCUAAGCAGGCCAACCCACCCAAAAAAACAACCAACAGCUCUCAGAAGCAAGAGGUAAUUGUAAUGAGAAUUAAUAGAUAUCCUUAAUGCCGUAUGAAAAACUUUUCAAGCAGGGUGUUUUUGCUGUUUUAGAGGGAACUCUGGUUUCACUUGAAUGAAGUUUUUAAAAAAGAAAUGACCACAACUAUGCUAGAAAAGCUCAGCUGUAGCAACUUAAACUUAACAUUAACAAAACCAACCACUGGUAAAACCGAUGAUAAACAGAGGCUUCAUCAUGGCCUCAGUAGCAUUUAGUUUCUAAAAACAUCUGUGGCUGUCAACAACAAUCAUUAAUAGCUAAUUACAAUCCUUCACUACUAAUCUUAGUUUGACUUGGCCAGAUUGACAUUGAUAACCGAUCCAAUCAUUACAAAAUGUUUUCUUUAAAAGCAAUUAAAUCAAUAAAAGUACAUCCUGAGGAUAGGUUGACACUAAAACUGCACUACCCGCGAUGCUGAGCAGCCAUGGAACAGGGCCUUUCUAAUCCUUCAGAAUGCUAUCUGCCUGUAAAUAGACAAGACAUAAUUUUAUAUACAUAUAUAAAUAUAUAUUGAGAAGGAAUUUCAAGGCUGGAUAAGCCAUGUCUAUUUUUGUUAAAGAAACAAGUGAUAACUCACCCUCUUGAAUGUCUAUUAAGUAUUCUUCUAUCACAUCCAGAUCUCUAUCAAAGUGAGUGAUUGUAUUUUGGCCCUGACUAGUGUAGCACCUCCAUGGCAAAUUCAUUUACCAUUUACCAUUCAUUCAAAAAAUAAAUAAAUAAAGGGGUGGGGGGUGGGGGCGAAAAGCAGCAUUUAAUGAAUCUCCCAUGUAUUCUGUGAAAACCAAACUGGUGAAAGUAGUCAGUGGAAUUUUGGUUUAUGUGUGUGUGAAACAGACUUGACCUUUUUGCUACUGCCUCAUUUGGGUUCUUUUUUUUUAAUUCCAUCAUUCAUCCUACAAAGAAAAAAACUCCUUUGCACAUUUUGAUUCCUCUGUUUUAAAGGCAAUCCUGAUGGUGUAAAAUGUCAGUACAGCACUCAAAACAAAUCUACUUUGGUGGUUUAUUGUGCUUUUUUUUUUUUGUUUUUUGUUUUUUCCGUAAAUCCUAAUGUAACCUGUGACCUAAGUUACAUUGUGUUUACACAAAACAAAUGCUGUAUUUGAUGUAUUUUGUCAAUCAAUGAACUUGAAUACUCUUCUUGAUAGUUUUCAAUGUAAAAGCUUCCUUGAAUGUAUUGAAAAUGAAUCGCAAUUGGUCAAAAAUGUUAUUCAAAGCAAGUAACAGAACAAAAAGCGCACAUUUCCUGCUGAUCCCCAAUGCAGUGAGCCCCCACUGUAAGCAGAGGAUUGAGAUUGAACACUCCUGCCAAAAAGUAUUUUAAAGGGAACCACGGAUAGAAAUAUAUAUAGUUUUUAAAAGAUAAAUGUUAGUACGAGUUAUAAUAAUUUGAUAU